GGCCUUGGCCUUCUCCGCGUUGCGCAGCUUCGUGAGAACAUCGGGAGUACGGUGCUCAGUCAGCGCCUUGUGGUAGAACUCGAUGGCCUGGCCGAGGUCGCCAAGCUUCUCGUAUGCGGUACCGAUACGCGCAAAGGCCCUACAUUCACGGACGUCAGCCACGGUUAGAUGCAAAAUCAGACGGAGGAUCCUUACUUGGCAAUGGCCUUGAAGUCGGCUCUGAGCUCACGACCCUCCUCGACAGCCUUCUGACAGGUCUCGAUGGCACCCUGAAGAUCGCCCUUCUCGAACUUGGCGGCACCGAGGUUGUUCAGGUAGGUGAUGUCCUUGUGCAACUCCCAAGCCUUGCUGUAGUGCUCAAUAGCCUCAUCAAACUCUCUCUUCUUGUAGAAAUCGUUACCAAGCUUCUUCUCGGCAUCCGCGGCUUCCUGAGCCUUCUUCUUCUCGAGGGCCUCCUCAUCCUCAGGCUCGGGCUCCGGGGCGGGCUCGGGCUCCUUCUUGGGAGCAGCGGGACGAGCAUCGGGCAUAGGCACAUCCUCCUCAGCCUCCUGCGCAGCGCUAGAGGAAGCAGCGGCCUCCGCCGGGGGAGCUCCAAAGUUCAUAUCGAUACCCAGCAACACACUCAUGACCUGCAAGAAGCGGGGGUCGCCGAUCUCUUGACCGAUGUCGUUGGGGUUCUGCUGCAGGCGCUUGAGCUUGGCCAUGAAGUCGGCAUCGGCCAGCAGGGGAGCGGUCUUGGGGUUGCCGGCGAGCUUCUGGAAAAGCUGAGGAUCGUUGAACAUUCCACCGAGUCCUCCCAUGGGAUCGCCCGUCACACCGUCGGCCUGGGCUUCGGCGUCGAUGGCCCUCUUGACAGCGUUGAAGCCGUUCUUAGCCUGGUCGUUGGUGGGCUCCAGCUUCAGAGCCUCUUCGUAUGCGUCGUGGGCAGCCACUGGAUAAGAGACCGUUAGCAGCGGCAAAGCACCGAGUGUGCCAUCCGACACGCUUAGGGGGUUAACUCACGGAGAUCGCCCAGACCGCGGUAAGCAGCACCCUUGCGGAUCCAGCCCUU